AUGAAACUCCCCCUGCUCCUGCUGCUCCUGCUGGGGACAGUUGCUGCUCUUCAUCAGGGGAAUGAUGCCCCCUAUCCUGACAGCCAAGAGUCACAGGCAGACCUGAGCCAGGAUCUGGAAGGCUCUGGGGAGCAGGAGGGAGAGUCAGUCCUGACUGAGGAGGCGAUUCAGUCUGAAGGAGAGCAGGUGGAGGCUUCCAGCUGCCAAGAUGCCUUUGAGGAUGAAGAGGCCAUGGAGUCGGACCAAGAUGCCCUAGAUGAGAACUUGCAGUGCCCCAGGGAAGAGGACACAGUGAAAAUACUGGGCAGUCCUGGAUGCAAGACCUGCCGCUACUUGUUGGUGCGGACCCGCAGAACAUUUAGAGGCGCUCAGAAAGUCUGCAGGAGGUGCUACAGAGGCAACCUCGUGUCGAUCCACAACCGCAGUGUCAACUAUCAACUCCAGUGCUUGGCCAGUAAGAUCAACCAGCAACAGGUCUGGAUUGGAGGCAAAAUGAGGGGCUGGUACAGAAGGUUACACUGGAUUGAUGGGAGUGCUGUAAAUUUUAGUAACUGGGCUCAUCAUCAUGGGCGCGGCCGCUGUGUGGCCCUAUGCACCAGAGGAGGUCGUUGGCGACGAAAAUGUUGUAUAAGUCGCCUGCCCUUCAUCUGCUCCUACUAAGCCAGUGGCCUGGAAGAGAUCCUGCCUGGAGCCCCCUCCCUACACCCCUCCUGGCGGCCCC